AUGGCCAGCAAUGUCAACGCUGAGGAAGCAGUUUUAAUAGCCACGGAGUAUAUUUCCAGUAUUGAUAACUUGCAUAAUGAGGUCCAGUUCCUCAUGGGAGAAAUCAAGCAAAAAGACUAUGAAGUCGUUGAACUGGAAUCAAAGAUACACAAAAAGACUCAAGAUAUCUUUAGCCGUAAGGGUAACAACUCGGGCCCAGCCAAGGAGCAAGCUCACAUCGAAAAAGCGCGAGAAUAUCUUGACAAGAUAGACAAGCUAGCCGAUGAGAAAGUCCGGCUUGCCACUCGACUAGAGAAGCUCAUGGUCAAAGCCGUCGGCCGCCUGGACUAUGAUCUUCACAGGAUCCGUAGAAUAUCAGGCGACACGUUCCCCGAACCAUCGAUAUUGGCACCCGUUCGAGCUACCGCUGUCAUUGGGCAUAAUCCUAUGUACACUCAAUCUUCUGUACAUCUCCCAGAAGCUGUGAUUUCUGCACCCUCACCAGUCCCUGCUGUACGAGAAACAAAACGAAGGCGUCUUGAUAAGACCGCUAGCGUUCUUUCGGGAAUCAAUAAUUCGCCCAUUACUCUAACUCAUGUUACCGGUUCUCGAGGUCGCAGCACGCCACAACAAGCCCAUAUUCCUGCUGCAUCGCCUGCGCCACCAUCUCGAAGGCGUGAAGCAACCCGAUCUGUGCCCGUGGAGGAUAUGGAAGCCGACGAGGAUGCUGGGGAUGGAGACGCUAAUGAUGGUGAUGGGGCUGAUGAUGACACACCCUACUGCUACUGUCAGAAACCAUCCUACGGAGAGAUGAUCGGUUGCGAUAAUCCUACCUGUCAAUAUGAAUGGUUCCACCUAUCUUGUCUAGGCCUCAAGUCAUCACCGAAAGGCGCAUGGUUUUGUGACGACUGUGCCGCUAAUCGCGGCGGGGCGGAUCAAGUUGUGGAGAAGGGGAGAAAACGCGCGAGAUGA